AUGAAUCUUUUUAAAAAGUCUACAUGUUCUAUAUGUAAUGCAUGUAAAUGCUGCUGUGGCGAAAUUAAAAUUACUGAAAGAACAUACACAUAUAAUGAACUAGAUGAUUUAUAUAAAAAUACAAAUACCGUUAGUUUUCCAUGUAUACCAACUGAACGAAUUAUUCUAAAUUCUUUUGAUAAUCCUGAAUUAUAUUAUCAUCAAAUAGAUAGCGAAUUUUAUGCAAAAAACAUACUAAAAGAUGUUCCUCUAAUUAGUUAUGCACAAGGCCCAUUUUUCGAGAGAAUGAAUGAAAUAAGAACAAAUAAAAAAUAUCAUCUACCAACGACGAGUUAUGUAUCUGAUCCAAUAUAUAUUAGAAGAAAAGAAAAAUGUUCCAUAUCGGGUUUGUCUAGUAGCAUUUGCUGCGAAGGCUGCAGAUGCAAAUAA